GAAAACAGUCGGUGAUUGAGAUUUGAUUUGUGGUAGACGGAUACAGUUUAUACACUGUUAAAGCUAUAAUUACCGUGUAUAAUAUAUUGACAGAUUGUAUGUAUAUCUAGCGAGAGGAAACUCAACGAUGUUCAUGCAAGCAAGAUAAGAUGUGAGAACAUUCAACGCGUAUCUACACGGUUAAAUGUUUCAAAAUGGCACAGACAGAAUGUUCAAGGUGUAACAAAUUUAAGUUUUAUAAAUACCGGGACGAAGACAAUGAGUUGAUAGGUGUUCGCUGUACUAAGAAAAAAUAUGGACAUGAGUGGUUAACAACUGGUGACCAACGGGAACAGAGCAUUGUGUUUGAGGCCAAAACACUGUAUAAGUACACCUUUAAGGACCCGGAUCAAACACCAAUAUUCCAAACAAAACCAGAUCGCGACGUGAUAACAGCCGAGAAUCUGUCAAUACUGAAGAAAGGAGAUAACAUAGCAUGGCUGAGGAAAAUGGGGAUCUGGCACCAUGCUCUUAUAGCUGGGGUGAAUAGGGAAAAUAGGACCUUUUCCGUUUACCAUUUCCAAUCGGAUAAAGAAAGUGGCGGAAAUAAAGUAAAAGUAGUAUAUCAAGCAGACUUUGAUGUUCUCCAGGGAGAAGGACCAUUAUACCGAAUUAAUUAUGGAGACAUUCCAUCCGCCAACACGGUAGAGAUAGUGUUAGCCAGGGCCAAGAAUUAUUGCUCGCUUUCGAAACGUGGAAAGUACUGCUACAAUUUUUUUCUUAACAACUGUGAAAACUUCGUCACUUAUUGCAAGACAGGGCUUAGCAUAAGCUACCAGUGGAAAUUGCUGAAGCAAAAACUGAAAGGUUUCGGGUGGGGGUCAGCGAUUCGCUGUUUCUUUCAGUAUGUUGGCGAGGUCAGCGUAGCAGAACUAAUAGAACUAACGCUAAAAGCUUCCAAUGUAGUUGGAGCUGUAGCUGUUGUGAUAACUGAGUUUAUUCUUUGUUUAUAUGAUGUAUAUCAUAUUGUAAAAGGAAAAGAAAGUGUUGAUGUGAAGGACAAAGCCAUACAGAUCGUUGGAAGAAUAGUAGAAUUCAUCUGUCGUGCCGGCCUAGGUGCCGGAUUCAGUUAUUUGUUUGGAGUACUGUUUUCGUCCUUCAUUGGAAGCGUCAUAGGAGGCUUCUUCGGUCUCGUUAUUGGAAUGCUUGUUGGUGUGUGGCUUGGAAAUCGAAUACGGUCCGCAUUGUCAUCAUGCUUAGCGAUGCCGGAGGUUCAAUAGCACGGGAAACGGAACGCUCAAAGGGACGCGCUACGAGGGGACAUGACGGGAGAACGACCAUUUAUUACUGUGGUUAUAGCUGUACAUAUCGGGAUUCGUUGCAAGUGAAGAUCAAUGAAAAUAUUAAGUACUUGAUGAUUGUUGUGUAAAUAAACCUCCGUGGCAAGAGAUUUGUAUUGACGGUGCCAAGGUGGUAACCUUAGAAUUUAUUCAUAGCGAUACAUCAAUAUUGGUGUAAUAUGUGUUGUCUUUGCGCAUUGUAUGUUUCUCUCGUCAUCGUGUCUGUAGCUAAUUCGAAAGGCAACAUUUUGCUUAAAAUAAAGACUUAAAUCAAGGAUAACUUUUCUUUUACUACACCAUUUUAAAUAAAACAAAGAGCAGUCUAUGCCGCUUAAAGAGCCCCGCCAUCGUUUUAUUGCCGAAGUUUGAUAGGGUGAUGAGUUUCAUCAAACACAUGGCAAACCUGUUACCAAAAUAAUGUUUUGACAGUGCUCCGUCAGACGGCCGUAUUAUGAAAAGGUUUGUCGAAAGGUUUUAAGAAACUAAGUUCUCAAUCAAACUAUGGUAAAAAAACGAAGGUGGGGGCCGUAAGCGGCGUAGACUGCACUAUGUUUCAUUUAAAAUGGUGAAGAAAUAGUAAAGUUAUCUUUGUUAAAAGCCUUCAUUCGAAGCAAGAUAUUGCCUUCCGACGUAGCAUUUAUGACGCAAUUUAUCACGUGGUAUACACACACUAAUUCCUGGAUGUUGAUAACAUGUCAUCGAUUUGCUAUACCAUUUAUUUUGGUUAUCAUAAUUGACGUCAGCAUCAUGAAAUAAUGUCAUUAUGCGUUUUUUGGUAUACCACUAGUGUUAUAACUAGCCAAAAAGUGUGACGUCAGCUUGGCCAUUAAAAUAGCAUUGAAAAAAUCCGCCCUACACAGCGACAUUUUAUGUCUUUAAAGCUGUAAAAUGGCACAUAAGUAUUUAUGAUAUGAAUAGAAUCUCAAAUUCCUUGUCAUUUAAUACGAAUUGUUUCAAACUCAUUUAAUUGCAAAUAUGAAAUGAUCACUCAUUUGAGAUGUCGCUGUAGUUUGUAUUGUUUUGCCUUCAUCCGUGUGCCUUUUAAAUAGAAUCAUUGUAAUAUUUUAAGAUUCUUGGUUUCUCGCUGUAGUUGUUGGCCUUCAUCCGUGUGAAUUUAAACGUGAUUGUGGUAUUCCUUUAAGGUACUUGGCAUGUCCCUGUAGUUUGUAUCGUUUGGCCGUACUGAUUCGUGUGCCUUUAAACAUACUUAUGGUUUAACAUGAGCUUGCCUCUGCUGUUUUGAUAAUAUCUUUUUAGAACAUUAACUACACGAACAUUUAUGAUUUCUUUUUAAAGCAAGCAUACAUGUAUAGGUUUUUUCGUGUCUUUCUAGUUUAUAUUACUUAAUGUGUUACAUCAGAACCGAGAGUGACAUAUAUUUCAAUCUUAUAUGAGAACGAGUAUCCGAGGAUUGACGUUUUCUUGUACGGUCAAUUAUCGUAAAAGACUACCUGUCCAUCGUCCACCGUUUGUUCAUACAUGACAAAUGGACAUAUGUACAAAAAUACUGCGUCUAUUAUUAAGCAUGUAAAACCUUUUCGAAAUAUGUAAAUUUUGAAUUAUAUAUUUUUUUCCAUAUGGUGAUCAAUUCUUUAGUCUACUUACAUUGACUAAUCUCGUUUUUUAAAUAAUUGGGUAGCUUCAAAAGGUACAUUGUUGACAAAGCCUCACGUAUUAUACAUAUAUUUAGUGUCAUUUGUUAUCAAAAUGAAAAACCUUCUGUUUUUUAUUAAA